AUGGUAGCGAUCUUCAUAGUAGUCCAGCUGCUGCUGGUAGCGUGUUGCGUGCAAGCGGACCUGCCUAUACACGUUUUGGUCCAUGAUAUUGCUGGAAAAUGGCGUAUAUUUCAAACCAAACCUGUUGGCGGGCUGGACGUGAUGUGCGGUUCUAGCAUGCCUAACAGUUUGGAGAAGAACUUGCAACUUGGAAACUACUUGAACUACCUUCAAGAUCAUUACACAUUGGAUCGUACCAUCGAUUUCGAAUUAUCACUGGAUGUCACAAAUUACGAUGAUACGACACAUAAAAGGAAUAGGGAGUUGUGGAAUGCUCUCGCGGUCAAGGAUCGUGAUGGCAAUGUCGUUGGUAGAUGGACGAUCGUAAAUGAUCAGGGUUUCGAGGUGAUUGUACAUAAUUCAACACGUUAUUUCUUUUACAUGCACUACUCCAAAAAAGGGGACAAUGUGUACGAGACCGACCCUAAUCAUGCUGAGAUUGGUUGGGCGUACACUUCCGGAGAGGAUUUGAAUUCUGAAUCUCGAAGGAUGUGUGCCUAUGCAGCCAAAUUGGAUGCAUCUCCACCAUCUAAAGCAACGCUUGUGAGCCUUAAUACCAAUGUUAAGGAUAUGUUCAAGCUGGUAGACCGAUCUAUUAGUCGUGGUGACUCUUCGCAUGGAGCGAUAAAAUCCGAACAUGUAUCUCCUAAGCAAGGUGCAUAUCCAUGUAAUUGCACCUCUGUCAAUCGAAGGAAUUUUGAAAAUGAAUUACCCACAUCAUUCGUAUGGAAAACAAGGGCCACUAUCCCCGUAGUGAAUCAAGAGAGUUGUGGUAGUUGUCAUGCUAUCGCAUCUCGAUAUGUGCUGCAAGCAAGAUUUCUGAUUGCAUUAGAACGAAUGAAAAAUCGUACACCUGAGCUCGAUGCUGUUCUUGAAGAACUGUCACAUUAUACGUUUGAGCCUAACGAUGUGAAGGACUGUAGUAUAUACAAUCAAGGUUGCAGUGGUGGUUACCCUUAUUUGAUGGGUAAGCAUAUGCGUGAAUUUGGUUUGGUGACUACGAAGGACUCUAGCAAUCAAUGUUCCAUAUUGAGUGCUUCGCGUCGUUAUUUUGCUAAGGAGUAUGGUUAUGUUGGUGGUUGUCACCAAUGUACCGCUUGUCGUGGUGAGGAGUUGAUAAUGCGUGAGUUGUACGCUAACGGCCCCGUGGUAUCAGCUUUAGAUGCUACUAUCCUUCCAACUGAGUAUGACGGUCACAUAAUACGUGCGAAUGAAUCUGAAGCUAAUUCUGGUGUCUGUGACAUUCCGCAACACCCGAUACUCACUGGUUGGGAAUACACUUCGCACGCUGUUGCAAUAGUUGGAUGGGACGAAACUCGUGUGGACGGGCGUGUUGUAAAGUAUUGGAUUUGCCGCAAUAGUUGGGGUGAAAAUUGGGGAGAUUACGGAUACUUUAAGAUAGAGCGCGGAAAUAACGCGUAUGGAAUUGAGAGUGAAGCUGUAUUUAUAGACCCCGACUUUUCUAAGUUCGCACAGGAGCCGGCCUCGCCUGUCCUGCACGACAUCCACUACCAUUAA